UGUUAAGUAAACCACUGGAAUGUACAUAACGACAGACAGAAGGAGGAAAGGGAGGUAAACAGACACUGAUGAACUGAACGACAGACCAACAUCUUUUGAUUACAGACAGUGAACGGAGAGAACAUUUGUAACAAUUGCAGCUUAUAGGGACCACCAGUGAAUGUAGAUCACGUAAAUUCGGAUGCUGGAAUGGGAUUAUCUCACCUGGAGCAUUGCUUGUCCCUGGUCUUCUUGAUGUCCCUGAUAUGGGGCAUUGGUGGUCAGCAGCCAGGAUAUAACAUAUAUGCACCAAGGGAGGUGACCGUGCAAGAAGGACUUUGUGUGCACAUCCCAUGCACUUUUACAGUACCCAGAGAUGUGACAUUAUCCCAGAAUGCCAGGGGUUACUGGUACAGACCUAAUUCCAAUGGUGAACGUGUGGCCGCUAAUGAUGGAUCUUCAAUCUCUGAUAAUGCUAAAGGACGAUUCUACCUGAUUGGAGACGUGUCGAGAGGAGACUGUUCCUUAUCCAUAAAUAGUGCACUCUCAGGAGAUACAAACUAUUAUCAAUUCAGACUUGAAGAUACAGUCAGGAUGAUCUACCGUGAUAUUGUGCCCCAUUUGACAGUAACAGCGCUGCGCGAUCAACCUGAGAUCUCUCCGGUGAAGAGUUUGGUUGCUGGGGAAGAGGUGACCCUUACCUGCAUGAGUCCUGGACGAUGUUCUGGAUAUUUUCCAACUAUCACAUGGACAGGAGUAAAGGGGACUUCUAGGACUUUUAAGUCUGAUCAUACAGAUGGUAACAGGACAUUCUUCUCCAACUUCACAUUCACAGCUUCGGAGAGAGACAACCAGUCACCACUCACCUGCACUGUGACAUUCCAUCCCAGCAUGGUGACAACCAGCAAGACGGUUAUUUUACACGUUGAAAGUUUCCAGGAUUUGCUGAUGUCAACACACUUUUAUGAUCAUUAUUCCACAGAUAACCCCAGUGGAGAUCCUCCUUCUACAAAUAUCCCCACUGGAGAUUGCAGGAAUGUGGAUUAUAAAAUCAUUGGUGGUAUUGUAGCUGGUAACGUAAUUAUCCUGAUCCUGAUUUCACUGGGACUCUUCUGUUUUCUCAAGAGAUACAUGGAGAAAAGACCAUUAGGAAGUGGACGCGAUGAGCGAGAAGUAACAGAACCUACUUAUCAGGAUCUCAAAGGACAGAAAAACGACAUCUACAGCAUUAUUAACACGCAAUGAGAGUGAAGAGCUGAUGUCGAUGAAGAACCAUUUAUCUACAGUAGAACAAUGGUGUCAAUUAUCUGUAUAUGGGGGUAAUUCAGAGUUGAUUGCAGUAGCAAAUUUGUUAGCGGUUGGGCAAAACCAUGGGGGUCAUUCCGACCCGUUCGCACGCACCAGUUCUUCGCUGCAGUGCAAUCGGGUCGGAACUGCGGCUGCGCGUCGUUGCCCAGCGACGGCAGUUGCCGGGCAAUGACGCCAGGACCAAAGAAAGUGAUCGCAGGCCCGAUCGCAAGAAGAUUGACAACGGGAAGCACAAUCUUGGCGUCAACCCCCCCCCCCCCCCCGCACGCGUUUUCCGGGCGUGGUAAGGUGAACGCAGGCGUGUCCAGGCGUUUGGAGGGCGGAUGUCUGACAUCACAGCCGGGACCUUCAUCGCUGGAUCCGUCACACUGGGUAAGGUGGUGCAGGGCUGGUCUUGUUUUGCAGGACACUUUUUUAGCACAGCAGGGCUGCACAAGCGAUCACAGCCCUGCUAUGCUAAUACACUUCCCCAUAGGCGGCGUCAAGUGGGUCACACAAGCAGCAAAAGUUGCUAUGUGUGAUCAACUCGGAAUGACCAACCAGGUGCACUGCAGGUGGGGCAGAUGUAACAUGAGCAGAGAGAGUUAGAUUUGGGUGGGGUAUAGUGUUUCUGUGCAGGGUAAAUUCUGGCUGCUUUAUUUUUGCACUGCAAUUUAGAUUUCAGUUUGAACACACCCCACCCAAAUAUAACUCUCUCUGCACAUGUUACAUCUGCCCCCCCCCCUGCAGUGCACAUGGUUUUGCCCAACUGCUAACAAAUUUACUGCUGCGAUCAACUCUGAAUUAGGCCCAAUGUUACAUUAUACAUAGAGUGAUGCAUUGUGGCACACACAGGAGAGCGGAUUUCUGAGGUUUAGCCAUGUGCAGUCAUAACUCCAUUAAACCCUCUAAUCAUCUUAAAAAUUAUCAUCUAUUAAAAACAUACAGUAUCUUACUAAUAUUUUUGCGGAACUCAUAUUCACUGGAAACUAAAACAUACAGAUUGGAUAUAUUUAAUAUAAAUAAAUUACCCUACAGCCCCAGCACACGAGGGGUUACCACCUUUAUUAUCAAUAUACACCUAUCAUUUCAUUCAUUGGUGACCAAAUACAGUCUCUGUACUCCCAACACCCAAUCAUUAUAAAUGAUAUAAACUGGAGCUGAAUAUUAAUGCAGUUUAAUAUAGCAGUCACAGAAUAACAAUUUGAAUUAAAGAGACACGCUAAGUUGACACCGUUUUUUAUCUUUUAUCAUAUACUUUAAUUUCCUAUCACAAUUUAUCUGUAAACGUCAAUCUGUCAUUGAUUUCAACCUCUAUAUUUCACCAUUUUGUACCCAGGAAAAGGGGAUAUUUUAUAAGUAAAACAACAAUAAAAGUGAAUUUUAGUAAUUAGUUUGUGCACCCAUCUAAUACAACCCUUCUCUUCUUUUUGCUCGC